UUUCGGAAGACAUUUCCUGCCCCAAGAAAAUAAAUCUUUAGAACCAUCUCUCUGAGGAAAUGUUGUCUUCAUUAACUAUUUAAUAUACUUGAAAAAAUUUUUUUGUUUUUACUUGCAAUGUGAAGAAAGAAAAAGAAGGGGAAAAAACUGUCUGACCAAAGAAAAAGCUGGAGGGCAAACAAUAAGGAACUCUUUGCUUUGGAGACAACAUAAAUACUUUAUUCAAGUAUUUAGAAUAUUUAAGACAUUAAGGAUUUAUUUAAUUAAUUACUUGCACACAGUUUUCUUCAAAAAAGAAUCCAGAAUGUAUAAUCAUGGUUGUUUAAAUAUUCAGUGUGGAAGGAAACAAGCGAAUACGAAAUAUAACGAUUCGCCAUGCAAGUACGAAAUUAAAAGUCGCUGUCAGAAUGACUCAAUGUUAUGCAGCAUUCAGUACAAAUGUAACCACUUUGGAAGUAAGAAAUAAAAUUAUUAAUAUCAUUUUUAUACUUUAUUCACAUUUUUUUUGAUAUCAGAAACAUACUCUUAAAUUAAAUCAUUCGAUGCAUUGAAGAUUGCAAGUUGUUUUAAAAAGAAAGAUUUAUUAGCAUAACCACCUUUGAAAUUAUUUUGUACCCGAUGUGAUGUACUUCAAGUGGAUGAAACUUAACAAGCAUGCUUUGAAAGAAAUCAUUACCUGCUAUUAAAAGUUAUUAUUUUAAGGAUACGUACGUUUGCCAAUUGAUUGAAAAUUUGCCUUUUAUAAUUGAGCAAUUUCAGUGAACAGAGUCUUUUUUCAAUUGCGAACAAGGAGACUUAAUUAAAAAUGAUCCAUAUGUGUUAUCUCGUUUACCUUAAUAAAGUUAUAAAUUGAUGGAAUUAAUUAAUUAAUAACCGAGUUUUUUUACUGGUGAUUUCUAAUUUUAGAUGUCAUGGAAAAUGUGUGUCGCUUUGAAGGAAUCUUCAGUCAUGUGUCCUAGGACUACAUGUACAAGUUUCUGGCAAAAUAAUUAGGUGACAUGUGACAAUUCCCAGCGGUUACUGUAAUGAAAAUAAAUGGAACUUAGCGUAAUAAGAAAACUGAUGAGAAAGAGAUUCCGAUUAUGUUUAGUGCUAUUUGAAACAGGAUUACGCAUUCAGAAUGCAUGAAAAACAUGGACCAGCUCCUUUACAUUUGCUCAGAAGGGCUCAUUAUUAGAAGGCUAUAUUCUGGCUUGACAAAUCAAUGAGAAUUUUGCGAUUUGUGUUACACAUAUUUCUACGGCGAAAUAAUAAAAGUACAAUUUAAAGAAAUGGCGGUUGUCCAGCUGCAUUGGCGAUGGCUGUUUUUCAUUUUAUUCGUGCUUUCCAAAAGUUCCGUUAAAGCUUUUGUUCUGGAAGGAUCGCCCAAUUCGUACGCUCAGUUCAAACGCUGGUAUGCUGGCGUGACGGACUCCUUAUCGUUCGAUUUUCGAACAACAGAACCUAAUGGUUUGCUUCUGUACCUGGACGAUGGCGGCGUUAGUGAUUUCUUCGAACUGAAGUUGGUUGAUGGUACUCUCCGGUUAAGAUUCAACUUAGGUGGUGGUGCGCUGCUUAUACAUGCGGGUCGGAAUCUUCAUGAUGACCAAUGGCACCACGUCGAACUCAUUCGCAAUGUUGAAGACACCUUGCUAAGAGUGGAUGAGGACACACAAAGUAAAGUAACAAAAGGCAACGACUACCAGUUCGGGAACUUCUCUGGAAACAGUUUUGUCUACAUUGGUGGAAUUCCAAGUUGGUACAGCGCUAAAUUGACACAAAUGUCACUGCCAUCUGUGUUUUUCGAGCCUCAUUUCAGGGGAUCUAUUCGAAACGUUGUGUAUGCAAGUGAAGAAGGUCCCCACCACCACCAAGAUAUGGUCGAAUUCAAGGGCAUACGUUCCAAUGAUCUCGAUGCGUGCAAACAUCACGAUCCUUGCCAGCAUGGAGGAGAAUGUAUCAGCACCGACAGCGGGGCCAUCUGUGACUGCGGCACGGGAGACUACGAUGGAAAUUUCUGCGAGAAAGAGAGGACGCCCGCCGAGGCAACAUUUCGCGGCUCCGAAUAUCUUGGCUAUGACCUUCAGUCCCUCCAUUCUGAACCCAUCCUCAGUUCCAGCGACCAAAUUUCUCUCUUUUUCAAGUCCCGACAACCGAGUGGACUCCUGCUGUACAUGGGCAAAGGAGAAGACCACCUUCUGCUCGCCCUGAGAGACGGCGGAAUUCUUCUCGUCAUUCACUUGGGUUCCAGCUCUGUGGAGAAAUCUCUAAAGCCAGCCAAAGUGCGCUUCGACGAUAACCAGUGGCAUAAGGUGCUCGUUCAUCGCAAAGUGAGAGAGGUAAGUCCAUUCUGUUGCUAUGCUACCAUGACAUUGAGAUUAUGGUAA